AUGACUACAUCUUCAGAUAAAUAAACUGUGACAACCAUUACAAACCAAGUCUUUGAGAGAGAGCAUGUCUACGAUUCAACCAAAUUUUUAUAAGAAAUUAUGCGAAACUAACCUGGAUAGGAAGAUAUGAAUGAGUACAAAUAUAAUAAGAACAUAACCUUCCUAGACACUAAGUUUUUAGAUGGAAUCAUUGCUAAGUCUUUUUUUAAGAUGGAGGUAACUCCUGAUAUGAAAGAUGAUAAAGGAUGUCUUUUGAGAACCUGCAUAGGGGAGAUUUUAGACUUUAUACCUAUGAGAGUGAGUGAUGGAGCAGAAUUCCGAAGAAAAAUGACAUUAAAACUUGCAAUUGAGUAUGUCCAUUAAAUACCAAUUAAGAAAUAUGUUGUCAUUGAAGGAAAAGUCAUUAAAAUAGAAGAAAAAAGUGGAUUAGCAGAGGGUAAGAUUUGGGACCCAGAUACUAAAUAGAUCAUAGCUAAAUGCCAGAUUAUAUUUGUAUUCAUUGAUCAAAACCCUAAAUUAUGA